AUGGCGUCUCAGAUACCGCCCCUUUUGGAGUCAUACCUCUCCCUGCCGCCCGAGACCUCACAGAUCGUCCUCACGGGCAUCCUCGGCGCGAGCACCAACUGGCUGACCGUGCGGUACCUUUACAGCCUGCUGCGGCCAGCCACCGCGGCAGCACGGCUCGACGGCGACGGCGACGCGGAAGGGGCAGGCGAGGACGUCAAGGUGCUGCUCGUGAGCUUCAUGAGGGAUUAUCCCUUCUGGAAGGAGGGUGCAGGACGACUGGGUCUCAACCUCGACACUCUAGCAGCGCGAGGCAGGUUCCUGUUCGUGGACGGCCUCAGCAGGCUGUUUUUGGGCGGGCGGAACGGCACUGCUGCACCCCCCCAUGGCCGUGGUCCCGGCCGGCAGCAGGAGCAGCACCAGUUGUACCUCGACAGCCCGCGGCUCGCUGAUGCCGCGAGGGUUCUCGGCACAGCCGUCGAGAAGCUGCAGGCUGGGGGUGGCAAGGUUGUCUUGGUAAUGGACCAGCCGGACGUGUUGCUCGCGGCUGCGUCACCCGCCGACGGCGUCACGGGGACGGCUUGGAAGGACGUGGUUCUCGGGCUACGACAGAAAGUCCACGCAACCGUUCUUACGGCGUCGGCGGAUGAGCCACUGGUUUCCGCGCAAACGACGACAUUGGAGAAGGAGCAUGCUGCCUUCGUCUUGUCCCUGGCGCACGAGGCCGAGGCUGUGCUCAGCUUAAGGCUGUUGGACACGGGGACAGCCAAGGACGUCAGCGGGGUGGUCAGGAUUACUGGAGGCGGGGGCCAUCUGGACCGCGUCAUAGAGGAGCAUGAGUAUCUGUACCAUGUUGGCGGAGAUGGCGUGGUUAAGGUCUUUGAGCGCGGGCAGUAG